AUGGAACUAACAGACUAUGAGAGGAAGAGGAACAUACAAAUUGACAGGAAUAAUAAGGUGCUACAAUCAUUUGGUUUACCUGAACUGAAAAAGUCUCUUUUUAGUAUGUUUCAUGGGAAGGGAAAUAGCAGUGAACAAGUUAUCUUAGCGAAGAAGCGGAGAAAUACUAGUAAUCAGGAGGAAUCUGGAUCGGAUUAUGAACCAAAUGAGGAGGAAACUGAAACAGACAGUGAUGACAUAGAUGGAAACAGCCUAGGACAAAUGGUUCAGCAGAAGCAUGGAAAAACUCUUGCUAGGUUACAUCAGAUUAAGCCCCUGAUAAAUUCAAAGAUGGCACCUGGUACAAGACCUCAAAAGAUGGCUAAAAGCUCCUCCAACAAUGAAUCUAACUCUGUGUCAACACGUUCUCGGGUGAAUCCAUUGGAUAAUGCACACGUGACUGAUCACAGGAUUGGAAGAGCUAUAACAUCAGUUAGCAACCAUCUCUUAGACUGGAACCAAAUUAGGGAUCCACAAGAAUCCACACCAAGUCCAAGCAAUUCACCUAUGGCAACUCAAUUUUCUCGGUUGAGCAAUGAUAUUACUGAUGGCAAUUCUGCUACCCAUAACUAUGAUGGGGUCAGUGAAACUACUAAACAAUUUGGUAUGGUUGUUUCACUGCAAGCUGAAGAUGCACCAACUAGCUCUGAAAAACGUAAACAGACUAUGGGACAUGGACUUGAGAAGUAUGUACAGAGGACAGGUCACAAAAUGCACAUCUCUUUCACUGAUGGUAAGCGAAGACCACAGGAUCCAACCCAAGCUUCGAAGCUAGCAUCGGAAUGCGGAAUUCACAUUAGAAACCAUCUGCGUGUUGCAACACAUUGGAAGAUGUACAAGACAAAUGACUACAAGAAAGCCAUCCCAGCUGCUAUCACUUCUAUAGCGGGAAAGUUUGACAUGAAUGCAAAUGAUGAAGUGGCUCGGGCAACAUGCACUAAUAUUAUUAAGGAUGGUAUCCGGCAACAGCGGUAUAGGCUUAAGAGCAAAUAUUUUAAUAAUGUUCCUAUUAGUGAAGUGCUUUCAAAAGGCCCACCACCACGUGUCAGUCCGGAAGAUUGGGCAAAACUUGUAGAGAAAUGGACAGAUCCAAAGCACAAGGAAACUUGUGAAAAGAAUAAAAUUAAUCGAGAACAGGUAAAUUUCACCAAACUACAGGUUCUAGGAGUUAUGUUUGUGCAAUCCAUUCUAUGAAGGUGAAUAACAAUGAUCAAGAACCAGAUGCUAUUGACUUUUUCAAAGAGAGCCAUUUCAGCAAGAAGAAAGGUUCCAUGAGUG